AUGUUCUCAAUUCCGCUGAAGAGAAUGUCAUCGUUAGCCUCCGCAAACAGCAGUGCUAGUGGUCCUAUAGCAAACCUCAUAACUAGUAAGAUAAAAGAGAGGUUCCCAGACUCUACGCACUUCAAGCUAUUUAAUGACUCGCAUAAGCAUGCUCACCAUGCUGGUAUUGCAGGUUCUUCAAACAAAACCGAGUCCCACUUUAGGUUAGAGCUAGUUAGUGAUGAAUUCAAGGGUAUGCCACUUGUAAAACGCCACAGGCUCGUUUAUAGCCUACUUGACGAAAUAAUUUCCAACCACGGCGUACACGCCCUACAGCUCACUACAAGAACAACUUCUGAACAGUCCAAAAAGGAUUCAUUACCUUAG